ACAAGGAGGUGGAAGAGAGCAACAUGAAGUCAGAUGUGUUGUCAUCAGUAUUUACACUGCUGUUUUCUCUAAACACGUUGUUGGUUAAUGGUAAAUCACCUCCUGGAAAGCCCAUGAUAAUAAACUGCCAGUCUUCAGGAAAUGAAACAUUUACUUGCUGGUGGAUGCCUGGUUCCGAUGGGGGUCUUCCUGCAAAUUACACUCUAUGGUACAAGACAGAUGGAGAUGAACACGCCCGUGAAUGUCCUGACUACAUAUCUGGAGGCCCCAAUUCCUGUUAUUUUGAUAAAAAGCUCCUCAGUCUUUCGACAUCAUAUAACAUCACAAUAAAGGCUACCAAUGAUCUGGGAAGUAACAUCUCGGAUCCUCAUUAUGUAGAUGCAGCAUCUGUAGGCAAGCCAGAACCCCCCACAGACCUUUCUCUGGAAGUCAAGCAGCUGAAUGGGAUAACGUACAUCUGGGCAAAAUGGUUGCCGCCUCCCUCGGUCGCGGGUGCAGGAAGCUUGCAAAAACAGAAUUAUGAAUUGCGGCUCAAGUCUGCAGGAGGAAAAGAAUGGGAGAUUAACUUUGUUGGAGAACAAACACAAUAUAAAAUCUUUAAGUUACAUCCAGGAGUGAAGUACACUGUUCAGGUUCGCAGCAUAACAGGAUACAGCGAGAAGAGUAAAUGGAGUCCUGAGACUUACAUUCAGCUCCCUAAUGGCAAACCUCCAGGGAAGCCAGAGCUAAUAAGAUGUCGCUCUCCCGAAAAAGAAACCUUUACUUGCUGGUGGAAGCCCAGUUCUGAUGGAGGUCUCCCCACUAAUUAUACUCUGUUCUAUAAGAAAGAAAAAGAUGAAUUUUACAGCGAAUGUCCAGACUACGUAACAGGAGGACCCAAUUCCUGUUAUUUUGAUCAAAAGCAUACUUCCAUUUGGACACUGUAUAAUGUGACUAUAAAGGCAACAAAUGCGUUGGGCAGUAACGUCUCCGAACCUUACUAUGUGGAUGUGGCUUAUAUAGUUCAGCCAAACCCUCCGGUCAACCUGUCUCUGGAAUGGGUGGAUCAAGACAGUGGGAAAUAUCUGUUGCUGAACUGGGCUGCGCCGCCACGGGCAGAUGUCAGGUCUGGCUGGCUGACGCUUGAGUACGAGCUGCGCACUAAGCCGGAAAAAGGGCAGGAGUGGGAAAAUAUAUUUGUCGGACCGGGAACCAAAUAUCAGUUGUUUAGUUUAAAUGCAGGAGUAAAGUACGUCGCGCAGGUUCGCUGCCGAUCAGACCCUGGGAAAUGGAGUCAGUGGAGUUCUGAAAGUUACAUUCAGCUCCCGAAAGAGUUCAGGCUGAAGGACUUAAUAGUUUGGAUCUUUGUGGCCUUUUUAUCAUUUGUCAUAUGCUUGAUCAUGAUCUGGACAAUGGCUUUGAAAGGAUUUAGCAUGGUUGCCUGUAUCUUGCCACCAGUUCCAGGACCAAAGAUACCCGGUUUUGAUGUCCAUCUGUUAAAGGCAGGGAAAGCGGACGACAUCAUAAGCUCCCUCGGUUGCCCCGUUUUCCCUCUGACCUCAGACUCCGGCGACGAGUUGGAGAAAUGGUUGGUGAUAGACUGCGAAGACCAGCAACUGAUGCCAAGUAAUGAGAAGAGUCAUCUCAAUAAACAUUCAAAGUUGGUAUACAAGGAAACAGACAACGACUCGGGGAGAGGAAGCUGUGACAGCCCUUCUCUGUUGCUGGAGAAGGGCAAGGAAGCUAGAAAUCGGCUCUUGGAGCUGAAAGCGGCAGAUACCAACAAGCUGCAAGGAAGCGUCACUAGGAAAUGCAUUGGGGAAACUCUGGACGUAGGCCUUGAAGGGCAGCUCCCCUUUCCGAGCAGUGGUGGUCCUAAGGCAUCCGCAUGGCCUGGAUCUCAGCUAGCUAAUACACAGUUUCCUAAGUGUUCCUAUCAUGACAUCAUGGAUGCAUGCAAAAUAGCCCUCAGUGCCAUGAAUCUAGACAGGUCACCAAUUCUGACGGGGAAUGAAGAACAAUGUAAUUCAACGUGUCCUAAAACCAUCGGUGAAGAGGAAACCACCAAGCUGCAGGAGGCAAAAAUACCACCUUUAGAUGUUCAGUGUGACCAAGGGUCACUGUGGUCCUUUAUGGCAGAGAGGAUGCCUUUUUUGCCCACCAAGUCAAUGGAUUAUGUCGAAGUUCACAAAGUCAAUCACCACGGAGCGUUGGCCGUAGUACCGAAACCAAAAAGAAAUCUUGAAAAAACUGAAAGCUGUCCGGCCCCUGGAGAUCCCAAGGAAUACACCAAGGUCUCCACGGUUGUAGCCAACCACAUUCUAGUGUUAAUGCCAGAUCCCAAAGUGGAAGCUUCGCCCUCACUUCAGGAACCACCAAAGGAACCCUACUGGAGCUGCCACGCAAAUCCGGCAGAGAAAAAUACAAGCUCUUUUCUCCCAGCUCCAAAUGCUUGCCAAAUACAGACUGGUGGGUUAGACUACAUGGAUCCAAAUAAUUUUAUGUGCCCCUUUAAUUAAUGGAAAGGUGGAGUGUCCUUCUUCAGGUAACAACACUACGAGUAAAAUAAACUCUGUUGACACAACGUUGUACAAAUAGUUG